ACUCCACCCACUUGAGUUUCACAACACUGGGUGGAAAUGAGUCACGUGCGCUUACAAUGAACAAAAUAGAUUUUUUCCGAUAACUGGGGCCUUUUUAUUAUUAUUUUUAUUUAAGUCGCUGUCAAAAAUGAGGCCAUUAAUUGUUAUGUUGACAGUUGGGGCUAUAGCGAGCAGCGGAGCACUGCUGGCGAUGGUACUGUACUUUGUUUUGUCCACCACGUCCACUCCGACAGAGGACUGGCAGAGGGCCACAUCUAUUUACGAUUUCAAUGCAACAGACAUCGAUGGCAACUUGGUUUCCUUGGAAAAAUACAGGGGGAACGUUGUCAUCAUCACCAACGUCGCCUCCAAAUGAGGCAAAACCGUAGUAAACUACUCUCAGUUUGCAAAGAUGCACGCCGCGUAUGCUGAGAGAGGUUUACGCAUCCUCGCUUUCCCAUCCAACCAGUUUGGGAAUCAGGAGCCUGGUAAUGAGACUCAGAUCAAGAGUUUUGCUGAGUCUUUCGACGCUCAUUUUGAUCUGUUCAGUAAGAUUGACGUGAACGGGCCCAGCGCUCACCCGCUGUGGAAGUGGUUGAAGGAGCAGCCACACGGUAGAGGCCUUUUUGGAAAUAGCAUCAAGUGGAACUUCACUAAGUUUUUGAUCAACAAAGAGGGACAGGUGGUGAAAAGAUACGGACCAAUGGAUGAUCCAAGUGUGGUGGAAAAGGAUCUUCCUAAAUACCUUUAACCCUCUAAGAGACAGCUUAUUCCUGUUUUGAUGCCUUUUAUUCUGUGUUUUUGCACUGCUUUCUCUAUCUCUUCAAGCACCAGCGAACAUAGUUUGAACUCCACCCCAGACCAAUGGCGGACUGUUUGGAAACCCACUCGGUGGGCAGAACAGACCUGAUAAAAAUGGCGUGCAAACCUGCUGGGAGGAUUGCAAAGCUUAUGUUUCCUUGGUUUCCUGAAGUGCAGAGAAGCGUCCCUGCAUGAGCACAUCAAUAUUUGAACAGCUUCAAAUCCCGCUUUGUUUUCUUAAUAAAUAAAUUCCUUCUACUAAAA